CUCUGCUUCUCUUCAUAAAAGCCGUGUUGCCGCUUACCACGUACCAUUGCUCACAGCAAGGAGACAAAGCGCUCUCAUCACAAGUCCCCACAGACGGCACCGUCCUGUCCGCCAGCAGUACCCGUCCUUAGUAAGGAAGCAGCCGUGGAUGCCACACCAGCUCUGUCCCAUGGAGGGAGGCAGAGAGACUGUUCCACGGUGACCAAUCCACAAUCUCCUGACCUACCCCCAAUCCUGCCUCUUAACCUACCCACCCUCUGACCUACUCAGCCCCGCCACUAACCUAUCCAACCUCACUUGCAGCCCACCCAACCUCACCUCUAACCUACGCAACCUCACCUCUAACCUACCCAGGCUCACCCAACUUACCCAACCUCACCUUUAACCUUCCUAACCUCCAUCCUACCCUAGCCCACCGACAACCUACCAAAUCCCACCUCUAUCUUUUCCUAAGCCCAGCUCAAAUACCCAUACUCAACCCCCUGACCUACCAACCCUGUAACCUACCCAACUUCAUCUCGAACCUACCUAAUUCGACUUCCAACCUCACCAUCUCUAAUCUAUCCUCGACACCUCAACCAUCUGUCUUUAACCUACAUAUACUUCCGCCCUCCUAUAUUACCCCUUUCUUUUACCAGCCAGCUACACCUUCCCUCCUGACCAUGUCCAAUAACAGCAGCUCCCUGGGGGGCUGGGAGGCCUCUGAUUGGACAGAGUCCACCACGUGCCCGCCCUCAGUGGGCGGAGCCACCUUCCUGAUCGUGGCCUACAGCACGGUGAUCGCCGUGGGGCUGCUGGGAAACGCAGGCCUGGUGUUCAUCAUCGGCAGGCAGCAGGAGUUGCGCAACGUCACCAACAUCUUGAUCGCCAACCUCUCCUGUUCCGACAUCCUCAUGUGUGUGGUGUGUCUGCCUGUCACGGUCAUUUACACCCUGAUGGACCGCUGGGUCCUUGGGGAGACCCUCUGCAAGGUGACUCCGUUCAUCCAGUGCAUGUCAGUGACGGUGUCUAUCUUCUCCCUGGUGCUGAUCGCUCUGGAGCGCCACCAGCUGAUCCUGCACCCCACGGGCUGGUCCCCCGCAGCCGGCCACUCCUACCUGGCUGUGGGGCUCACCUGGCUGGUGGCUUGCUUCAUCUCUCUGCCCUUCCUCUCCUUUAACAUUCUCACCAACGCCCCCUUCCAGAACCUCAGCCUGCCCGCCAACCCCUUCAGGGACCACCUGAUCUGCAUGGAGCUGUGGCCGUCCGAGCGCCACCGCCUGGCCUACACCACCUCUCUGCUGCUGUUCCAGUACUGCCUCCCCCUGCUGCUGGUGCUGCUCUGCUACCUCCGGAUCUUCCUCCGCCUCCGACGACGCAGGGACAUGGUGGAGCGGAGCAGAAAGACCCGCGGAGCCCAGAGGAUCAACGCCAUGCUGGCGGCCAUUGUGGUCGCCUUCGCCCUCUGCUGGCUGCCCCUCAACGUCUUCAACACCCUGUUCGACUGGCACCACCAGGCCUUGCCCGCCUGCCAGCACGACGCCGUCUUCUCCGCGUGCCACCUGACCGCCAUGGCGUCCACCUGCGUCAACCCCGUGGUGUACGGCUUCCUCAACAGCAACUUCCAGCGCGAGCUGAAGGCCACGCUGCAGCGCUGCCACUGCGGCCUGGGGGCGCCCGAGAGCUACGAGAACUUCCCCCUCUCCACGGUGGGGAGCGAGGGCAUCACCAAGGCCACCUCGCUCCACAGGAUGGGCUCCCUGAACACGGCGCCCGCCAGGGUCGAGGCCGGCGACUGCGUCCACAGCUAGCCGCUUGGGCUAACGCACGCAGACAGACAGCUACGGGGACAUGGAGGGUGGCUGAGAAGUUUCCGCUGGUCCCCCAGCCAUCAGCUGGCCGCACCCGCCGAGCCGGAAGGUAACCGCAAAGCGCGAGCAGAGGGGGAGGGUAACCAGCCCGGUGCGUGGCCCGGUUAACCAGCUUAUUUAGACGGAAAAACAGACACCGACCGACAGACACUAAGGCUGGGUUUCCAUGGCGAUAGAGUUCAGCUCCCCCCCCCCUCAAAAUAGAAUGUCAUCAUCACUGCAGACCGAGCAAAAUGUCGAAUAUCGUAAACACCGAGGACAGUGUGCUGGCGGAACGGACAGCAGGAAGAACGAACAGGCAACUAGGCAAGAAAUGUGGUCAACAGCUUGUUAAACAAGACAAGAGAGAGAGAGACAGGGAGAAGGGAGAGCGAGAGCCAGACAGACAGAGAAGAAAAAAAGCCAUUGUGAAAGUAAUACAGAGUUGCUCACGGAGCGAGGCACGCCGGGCCCCUGUUUCCAUGGCGAUGGGCUUAUUCUGAGCACUGCACCUUUUUCGGGUCCUCUGCAGAGCUGUCGUCAUUAAGCAACACUUCUGGGGUGUUAGGCCACUGUCACGUCAAUCACAGCCCUCUCCAUCACCCUGGCAGUCCCUCUGCCUGCCAGCUCCGCCAUUCCUCCACCCCCCUGCAUGUCUGUCUGUCUUUCAGCCUGCCUGUCUGUCUGUGUCGCUCUGACAGCCGUCGCCGAGCAACUUUGUUCUCGGCCACGACGCUGCAGGCGCUAUCUGACUCCGAAACAGCCUCUGCGCCGUUAAAGACAUGUCCUAAGUGAUGAAGUCGAGGGAACACUCGAAGUCAGAGGAUGGGGACUGUCUGGCUAAAACCAGACAAGCAGAUUCGGUGCCAAGCUCCCUCUCCCCUCGUUCUGUCUGGCUGAGACCAGAGGCUGAGGGACAUGUGCUGUGCUGUACGGCGGUCCAGCAGGUGUGGGGGUCUCCCGCAUCCAGACGGGCAUGUCAGUCUCGGUCUGGAGCUUGGAGCCAGGACAAUGGGGUUGGGGCUGGGCACUGGGGAAAGACACUCAGAAAUGACAGCUGGGUGUUCAUGGGAGGGAGGCUGGAGGAUGGGAGACUGGGGGAUUUCUUGGGGCUUGUAGCUGGGAACUAGGGACUGAGGAAUGAAGGCUAGAAAACUUUGAAUCUCCAUAUAUUAUUCCCUGCCAUAUCCUUUGGCUAAAUUGGCCAGUCUGUAAAAUCCAGUAAUCCCCGGCCUUAGGGAGAUGCAGACCAGAAGCCUGUGAAAGCGCUUUCAACAAAUUUCAGUUAACAUGGGUCACGGCUUAUAGCUCAUAUGGGAUUCUCAGGGAUGAAUCCAUAUUGACUUUAUGAUUGUGACACUGAUUAGAAAUGCUUUGUAAACCAAUCGAAUUGCAGUGUAAUUGUGCAUUGUGAAGAUU